AUCGACUUUAAAGCUUCCUUGAUACUUCCUUAACUAAGGGUCAACUCAAGGUUUCUUUGCUCGCUGGGUUGUACAUCUGCCACAUCCGUUCCUCCUAACCGAAGCUCGCAUGUCUACGACCAAGGAAUAUCUUGUGUAAUACAAGAUGGAGCCUUCGGCCGCUCCCGAUCUUCAUCAUGUUUGGGUUACGGAGAAGGAUGAUAUGGUAGCCAAAUACGAGUCGGAUCUUGCCCUCCAAGAGGAGUUGUUCGACAAGUUGGUGCAGGAACUUCGUUCGGUCAACGAGAGCAACCUUCGAGAAUUGAAGGCCGUUGUGCCGUCAAAGUUGUACAGGGACAUCAUCUCGCCCAUGGCCGAAAAGAGUUUUAACUAUGACAAGCGCGAGAUUGAAGCCAGUCACAAGAAACGAAUCGGGCUUAUCGAGGACAAGCAUACGAAAGCGCUUGCUCAGCAUGAAGUGCUCUAUCGAGAAAAGCUCAAGGCCGCCCUUGUGAAUAAGAACCAGCCAGCUCCGAAGCCUGGUUCUCUACCAAUCCUUAGUGAGUCGACUGAUGAUCGGAGUGAUCACGUCUCGGUGUCUGAAAAUUCAAAAAAACGCAAGGCGUCCACACCCGAAGAAACCCACCCUAAGCGAUUACGCGUUGACACUUCCGUCAACCAAGUCCGCACUCCUGCGCCUACGCCCGCGAACGAACCCGCCCAUUCGCCAAGACGGACAAUCACCUUCGACGAAGUCUAUCAAGACGGCCGUGCGAAGCACAAGGACAUUAUUGUCGAAUGGCCGACCGGCAGCCGGCAAUGGUAUAUCCUGAAGUGUGAGCAGCACGGUCUUCGCUUUACGAGAAAUUCGGUCCAAGGUGCUGCUAAACACCUGAACGGUAAUGGCCACGGCCGCACGGAUCGGAAUCGAGAUUAUGCGGUCAAGACUCUCGGUUACCUGGUAACGGGCUGCGAUGAGAAUUUGGCAAAAUUGAAUAACCAGGUUGCGGAGGAAGCUUAUGCGAAUGGUUAUAAACCACCUUUACCUCGACUAAAGAAACAGCGUGAUCCUUUAACGGGCUCUAAGAAGAAGCAAUUGGGAGGUCGGGGAUUAGCUAGUAGGCCUUCGGUACCGCAUGCGGCUAAUCAGGUACCGGGUCCGGCCCAGGAAAUGUCGUCGAGUGCCCAAAAAGUCGCGGCUAAGGAACGUCGAGAGUCAGGCACGCCGUCGGCUCGUCAAAAGUCCUCCGACUCGGGGGAUGGGAUCACGCACCCGAAGGAUUUCCACAUAUAUUACGGACGCUGGAAAGACGACGGCCUUGGUAAAGAGCGGGAUCGGAUCUAUCCGGUCAUGGUUCUAGGGUGGGAUAGCCAGAACGGAAGUGGUCUGAAGGAUAGCGACCUCAACGCCACCGGCCUCCUCAAGAAAAAAGCCAAGCCGCCGAAUUGCUAUACUUACGAUUCCCGUAAGAUUACCGGUUGGGCGCCUGGAUACGAGGACGGUGGCCCCAAAGUCAGGUUCAGGAAAUUCCCCGUCAUGUUCUUUGAUGAGUCGCAGACUGUUGGAUGGUUCCCAGCUCGAGACUUGAUGAAGUUUCCGCUAGAUAAACGCAAGGCACCGGCCCAACCUGACCAUCCUUUUAACGCUGCGCGUCGGUGGAUCGCCGAGAGAGAAGGUUUCGAGACGUGGGAGGAUCGGGAAAUGGCGCGAACUGGUGGUAAGUCAUUCAAUUUGAUGCUAGUCAAGAAAUUCACUCGCCUUGUCUCUUCUCAAUUUCUUGCUCACACGUUUUAACAAUAUUUCUCACAGCCCAUCGCCCGUCUGUUUCGCCGCUUACGCCGGCCGAGUCCGCUAACGCCGCCUCUCAUACCGAUCACGCAGAGGAUAACGAUUCAGACGACUGGAUUUCUGAGUCGGAUGCGCCGUCAGUAAACUCGGCGGUCACGGAAAAGAUGAUGCAAGAGUUGCGAGAAA